CUGCGCCCAAUUCUCGUCUGCCUUCGGUUGUAAGGGAGAGGGGCGGAGCGGGGAGUUGUUUGUCCUUCCUAGAGAGGCGAGGCGGCACGCGGGAAACGCGCUCGGCGCUGACAGGGCCUCGACAGAACUGGGUGGCUGGGAGAUUAAUCUCUUGCACGUAUGUCGAAUCUGCAGUUUGAAAACAACAAGAACUCUCUCUCCUGGUUGUUUUACCACAGACAAAAUGUGGGGAAACCCUCAACCUGCCAACAGAAUGGAUCCUUUUCGUGGGAGCCAAGAAGAAAGGUUUGCUCCCGGGUGGAACAGGGAUUACUCUCCUCCUCCUCCUCCCCUUGAUAGUCUUGCUCAAGAAAGACACUCUGGCAACUUCUCUGGCAGAGAAUCACUUCCUUUUGAUAUCCAGGGACUCCCAGGCAUGCUCAAUCCUCAAUUUGCCAACAGAGAGGAACCUACUUUCAGCUUUGGAGGUAGAGAUGGACCACAUAGUGACUUCAGAGGUGGGGAGGGCCAUUUACAUGGUUUUGGAGGCAGAGAUUACCCACCUUCUGACUUCCAGAAUAGAGAUGAUUCACACUUGGACUUCAGGGGCAGGGUGCCACUUCUUCCAGACUUUAGAGGCAGGGAGAUGUAUCAGGGAGAUUUCCAGGAUAGGGAGGGGCAAUCUAUGGAUUACGGUGGAGGAGACAUUCCUCCUUUGGAUUACAGGAAUAGGGAUGCAUUCCGUAUGAAUUACAGGGAAAGAGAAGCUCAUACUAUGAACUACAGAGGCAGAGAUGAUGCCCCAUCAGAUUUUCGUGCGAGGGGAACAUUUGAUUUAGAUUUCAGAAAUAGAGAUGGAUCUCAUCCACACUUCAGGGCAAGAGACAUGUCUGAACAGGAUUAUAGGGGCAGAGAGCAGCCAUAUUCAGAGUUUAGAAAAAGAGAAAUGCCUGAUACAGAUUUAAGGGGCAUGAGUGCACCUGACCUAGACUUCAGAGACAGAGAUGUACCCCAUUCAAAUUUCAGAAAUAGACCAAAAUCUCAGACUGAUCAGGAUUUUAGGGGCAGGGAUGUGCAGCCUCCUCUGGAUUUUGCAGACAGGGAUGUGCCCUCGGUGGACCCAAAAGUUGUGGACUACCAGCAUAGCCAUUCUACAGUACCUGCAACAGAUAGAAAAUGUGAGAUUGAAGAGGCUGUACUUGCUAUUAGAAAGAGAUCUUCCUUUGGUGUUCAGAGCAAGGAGUUUCCCCAUUCAGAGCCAAGAGCCAAGGAAGAAGAAUCCCAAGAACAGAAGCCUGAGACUGAUUCUUCAGAAGAGUUCCAAAAUAGCUGUGGUCCUCUUCCCACUGUUAACAAUCAAGAUAAACCUCCGCAGACCUUUCUUAGCAAUCAGGAGUUUUCUGCGGGUGAACAGCAAGUAUCUGAAUCAUCUGCUCUUGGACUUAAGGAAAAAGGUGACCUGGAUUUCCUUGGAAGGCAGGAUACAGACUACAGGGGCAUUGAAUAUCGAGAUGUAGACCAUCGACUGCCAGGAAGUCAGCUCUUUGAGUAUGAACAUGGCAAGUCUUUUGCAGAAGGAAAGUCUUCUAAAGAUUCUCAGCAAGAUCUUCAGGACCAGGAUUACAGAACUGGCCUCAAAGAUAUAAAACCAAGCAAGCUGAUUCGACUAGGAAAAGUGCCUGAAACUGCAACAAAAGAUGACAUUCUUAACGCUUUCCAAGCAUGUGUUGGGACACCAGUGAAGAAUAUGCGCCUAAAAGAUUAUACUACAGGUUACGACUAUGGCUAUAUCUGCGUGGAGUUUUCCCUCUUGGAAGAGGCCAUCGCCUGCAUGGAAGCCAACCAGGCCACUGGAAAGGAAUGGAGCAGGCACGCAUCCUACUCUGCGGCCACAGCAUGGUUUUCUGGGCGGGCCGGAGAGCAGCGAAGUCACAUUUUGGCAUGCAGCUGGGGCUCAGUCAAUGGGCCUCUGUGCACUGGCUCGGCUGCCGUGAGAUGCGUUGGGACGGGCUCCUUCCUGCAUUGUUCCAGCCGGCAGUGGAGUGGGCGGUCCCCCAGUUUCUGGUCAUCCACCUGGGAGGGACACCUUGUGAUUGGUGGUAAAGAAGUGACACUGGAAUACAGCCAAUCCCCUGAAUUUUGGCACUGCAGACGUUGCAAAGUGUCCACAGUAGGAUAUCGUUCAUCCUGCUACUACUGCAGACUCCCAAGAGAUGAAGAAAAGGUUGAAAAGGGGGAGGAAGAGUUACCUGAGGAACCAACACCAGAGGAAGAACCUCCAAAGGAGCCUGCUCCUCCACAGGAACCUUCUCCUCAGAAGCCUUCUUCUGAGCAGCACAGUCAGCCUCAGGAACCUGAACCCAAGAAGGAUGAAAGCAGAGAACAGUGGCCUUCACAAGAAAAGAAAAGGCGCUCUGAAAUGUACCCACCUCGAAAGGAGAACCAAGAACAUGGUUCAAGAAGAGAAGCCACAGAGACCAAACAUCAGGAGGAUGAGAGUAGAACAAUUAUGUUAAAACGCAUCCCUCGCUUCACUCCAGUAGAAGUGAUUGUAGGACUUCUGGCACCAUAUGUCCGCCUCUCCACUUCAAGUGUACGUGUCAUGAAGAACAAAGCUGGUCGAAUGGGCUACACUUAUGGCUUCAUUGAACUGGACUCUCAUGCUGAGGCACUCCGCUUAGUGAAGGUUUUACAAGAUCUGGAUCCUCCAAUCAGCAUUGAUGGCCGUGCUGUAGAUGUAAACCUAGCCACAGGAAAGAGGAGAAAUGAAUAUGGAGACCAAGGUGAUGUUCCCCGCUAUAGCCAGGGCAAACGGGGCAUGAGUGAUAGGAGAGGCGCUGACUCGCAGAAACGAAGAUCAGAGUCUUCUUCCGAUGUGUCCACAUUCAUUUAUGAUCCAGACACUGGAAACUAUUUUGAUCCCAUUACUGGGAUGUACUAUGAUCCCAAUACUCAGAGAGAAGUUCCAAUGGGUCGAGAAGCAUCUUCAUCCUCGCCACCACAUAGUGGAAGGAGGCGCAGGAGCCAAGAUAGGGCAAGUGAAAGAGAUGAGACAUCCAGUAGAGAUAACAGAGAAAGGAGGGAGAGACACAGAAAUAAAUCAGCCAAGAAUGAGCCUUCAGAGGAGAAGCUUCCUGCAGAAGAUGUAUUUAAAAAACCACUACCUCCAACAUUGAAAAAAGAAGAGAGUGCACCCCCACCAAAGGUGGUGAAUCCUCUGAUAGGACUCCUAGGAGAGUAUGGUGGAGACAGUGACAAUGAAGAGGAGGAGGAAGAGGAACCAAAGCCACAGCCUCCACGACCACCAGUGCAACAGGAGGAACGGCCACAAAAGGUUGAAAAUGAUGAAGAUAAGCUGACUGACUGGAAUAAGUUAGCAUGUUUACUUUGCCGGAGGCAAUUUCCAAAUAAAGAAGUACUAAUCAAGCAUCAACAACUUUCCAAUCUUCACAAACAAAACCUAGAGAUUCAUCGGAAAAUAAAACGAUCAGAACAAGAGCUUGCGUAUUUGGAGAGGCGAGAACGUGAGGGAAAAUUUAAAGAAAAGGAAGGCGACCGAAGAGAGAAAUUUGAGGAACGGAACUCUCCAGAGAGAAAACGGCCAAAGUAUUUCAGGAAUUCUGAAAGUGACUAUAAGCCCACAGAUAAAGGAAGAAUGGAGAGCAACAACAAAGGAAGCCGUAUGAUGCAAGCUAUGGGCUGGAAGGAAGGUUCAGGUCUGGGGCGCAAUGAACAGGGCAUGACGGCACCAGUGGAGCCUGAAAGUCGGAAGAAGGGAGCAGGCUUAGGGACACAAGCAAGACCCAGCAGAAGGCAAUCUAAUGAAACUUACCGAGAUGCUGUGCGGAGAGUCAUGUUUGCCCGCUACAAGGAACUUGAAUAAAUGUGGAAAGAAAUCCCACCAUACCCAACACAUCCUGUACCCUUUGGCCCUUCUUUGUGUCUGUCUUGUUUUUUGAAUCAAUGUGGGUUUUUUUUGCUGCUGAA